UGCGGCCUUUUCCACUGAUGGAAAGCUGCUAUCCACGGGUGAUAAUGAAAACGCGUACGUAUGGGACGUUCGAGCCAUCCUCAAAACAGCUGGCCUAGAAGACCUCCUGCUAAUGCUAUGCGACGUCCACCCAUCCGUCAAGUGCCAGCAGGCUUUUUCGAUAACGUACAAGGCCGUGAUCCUGCGUCCACUACCAGCCGUGUCCAUCCUGAUCCCUCUCUACGUCGCCGCCGCCAUACUUUUGCACUAUCCUGGGGAUCGCGUCCACGUGCGCUCCUCGCUCGCCUUCCUGAACUCUUCCGCCGUUCCCAAUCCAACGCUGAUGAACCAAUCAAAUCUCAGCAACGCCCGGGGCCCAGUACCUCCUCUCGUCGCAGUCCUCCUGUUGUCGAAGUUCCUGCACUAGAUGACAAGAAGGCACUGUAUACUGCUCGACGACCGGAACGAGCUAGCGAUAAGGCAAAACGCAUCAAGAACCCGAAAUGGUGGGUUCGUGUUGUGUUGUUCCUCUGCUGUGCAUCUCCUUCCACCGAUGGUAGUCAUUAA